UCUCACUUCGGAGUUCACGAUAGCAACGGUACUGGCUACCUUGCUUGAUUUAUUAACGACACACGACUUUCAUUUGCCUAUUCACUACAACUCCUUCAUCUUCACAUACACCUAGCCAUGCGCUCUGCCACCCUUUUCGCGUUUAUCCUCGCUGCCGUCUCUGCGGCCCCGGCUCUCGCGUAUCCCGCGUAUCCCGAUGCCCGUGACCUUACCACCGCCGGUCUCUAUGGACGCGACGACCUCGACACCCUGUUUGCCCGUGGCCCCCAAGGCCAAGCGGGCGAGGGGAAGCACGCCGAGAAGCACGAAGAAAAGGAGGAACGGAAGCACACAGUAGGUGAGAAGGACGAACAACACCACCACCGCCACCAGCGCAGGUACAGCACUCGCCCGUUGUACGAGCGUGAUGUCCUUGAGGAGCUGUUUGCUCGCGUCCUUCAAGACGCCACCGGGGACGCACAGCCUGCUCAGGCUCCCGCUGCGGUUGCGAGCGAACCCAAGCAAGGGGAACACGGACACAGCGGUCAUCGCAAGGACGGCGGUGAUCACCAGCACGGUCCAAAGGACAAGCACGAAGGCAAGGGCAAGAGCAAACACUCCGACGGGCACGCUGUCAAGCAGGGCGGUCGAGGCGAGCACGGCGGCAAGAAGGUCCGCGCGCUGUACGCACGCGAUGUACUCGACGCUCUGUUCGCUCGUGCUUUCAAAGACAAGAAUGGCGAGGUGAAACACGCUGUCAGCGCCACGGGGGGGAUUGGAAACCAGGGCAGACAGGCAGCAGGCCAGGGCCUCGGGCGGUGUACUACGCUCGGGCUGACGACUCCUUCGACGAGUUCUUCUGAAGUGACUCAAUAGUGCCAGUGGCCCCAGUGGUUGAUACCUGUUGUUGAUGAUAGUUUUCAAGUUGUACGGUGCUGGGACGAGCCAAUUGAGAGACGUGUAAUGUGCGUGC